GUCGUCGCCACCUCACCACCACACACGCGCAGCCAAGCCCCUCACCUCACCUCACCUCUCCAUCCACGAUAAUAUCAUGAUCCAUCCUUAUAUAUGCCUCCUUCGCAAACUCACUUCGGAUUCUCUUCUCUUUCUUUCAUCAGCUAUCACAAUUCACAAGUGUAGACUGUAGGAUGGCCACGCUCUCUUCCUGCAGCCGCCUGAGCACCGGCGGCGGCGCCGUCCAGCGCCGUCCCCGGCGGCCGGCAAGCGCUGCGACCAUCACCUGCCACCGGAGCUCCUCCUCCUCCUCGUCGGCCAGGGUAGUCCGCACAGGCGCCGCCGCGGCGCCUGCCGCGGCCACGGCGCCCGCCGUGCCGCAGACCAACGAGUGCUCGCUUCCGACAUGGGCGGAGUUCGAGCUGGGCAAGGCGCCGGUCUACUGGAAGACCAUGAACGGUCUUCCUCCAUCGGCUGGAGAGGGCCUGAUCCUUUUCUACAACCCGGCAGCGACCAAGAUGACCCCCAACGCUCAGUUUGGCAUCGCGUUUAAUGGUGGUUUUAACCAGCCGAUCAUGUGCGGUGGUGAGCCGAGGCAGAUGACGCUGCAAGAGAGGGGAUCAGCUGAUCCUCCCAUAUACACCAUCAGGAUACGUGUGCCGCAGCAUGCCAUGACCCUCGUCUUCUCCUUCACAAACGGGGUGGAUUGGGAUGGACCGUACACCCUCAAGUUCAGGGUCCCCAAGCCAUGGCUCAACAAGCCCUUGAGCUUCUUCAACGAGGGUCUAGCAGACGAACUGAACAGAGAAGGGGCAUGCGACAGAGCCAUCUUCCCAGACGAAAACGUUGUCAUCACAAGCUGCGAGAUGGGCAGCUACUACGAAGAGGGGGGAGAUCGCUGCAAGCUGGACAUUGUGUCAGGGUGCAUGGAUCCAAACUCGCACAUGUUUGAUCCACUCGCCACCGUGGAUGACGGAUCAUGCCCAAUGGAUUCCGAUUCCGAGGAAUGAACUGAACUACAGUCUCAGCGAGUUUUAUUAGCAAGGAGAAGCUGUAAUUAGUGGCCACUGUUGUUCAAUGUAAAAAGAAAGAAGCGACACGGUAUGAUGUACAAGAAAGCACAGAUGUGUGAUAGAAUGGUAUUAGGGAAUGAUGUGUGCUGCAUUUGGUGAAAAGAAUACACAACUGUAGGCCUCAUACAAAUGUGGUUGUUAAUUUGUGACAGAACUACUCUGAAUUUAAUAGAGAUCAACCUAUACAAAUACCAUCAAA